AUGCGCGUCGUGAAGAAUCGCGAGGAAGAUCGAACGCUAUUAACCCAGCUCGCUUUGAGCCUCGGCUUUGAAGAGACUUGUUCCAAACUACACGACAAUUGUCUGAGCGAAAUUCGCGCCGACCCGCGCGCGGGAACGAGGAAGAUGACGAACGGACGAAUGAAUGCAUCGAUGAACGCGGGAGAUGAGACGGGAUGA